AAAAUUCAAAAUUAUCGCGCGAAAACCUUAGAACGUAUUUUCAUGAUGUCACAAAAUUUAUUCCUCAUGAAAUAAUUAGUAGAUAAAAGGAUUACAUUCAUUGAAUGAUAUGGUUAUUAAGUGAUAACGCGCGGUCGGUAGCUAACGUGAGCGAGUGUGUGAACAUUUUGUUUAUUUGGGUGCAAUAAAAUGAAAAUAUUUCUUACUUGCAUUUUGAGUUUUCUAUCGAUAUCACAAGGAUGGCGCGAUUACAAAGUGCGCAAAUUCCCAGAAAACUUCAUGUUUGGGGUCGCUUCGUCUGCUUACCAAGUGGAAGGAGCUUGGAAUGAAGAUGGUAAAUCGGAAAGCAUAUGGGACCGCUACCUGCACAACCACCCCGAGGUGGUGGCGGAUGGUACCAACGGGGAUGUGGCGUCCGACUCCUACCAUCUUUACAAACGGGACGUUGAGAUGCUGCGGAAUUGGGCGUUGACUUCUACAGAUUCUCCAUCUCUUGGCCUAGGUUUUGCCGACAGAUAA